GUGUUGAAAAAGUCCGAGCGGAAUCUAUUGUGGAGAUGUUGGAGACAGAGAGACAGAGACAUAUUGUUCUUCUACGGAGCUACACGCCGAAACCGGUAGAAAAAUGGAUACUAAAAACACGACAUUUCAUUAACUGCAAAUAUUACAUUUGGUGAAAUCCGAAAGAUCCUGUUAGACGAAUGGGUUCAUUAUUAAGAGCCGACAUCACAACUGUUACUUUCACUAGCUAGCAGGCUAGCAGACUAGCUCCAAUGGCUGCAUGCUUGGAAUGGAUAGCUCGUUGAAACUAUUCUCUAGUAAGGAUUUAUAUUGUCAAUGGAAUAAACAUCAUCAUCUUGUCGUCGUCGGUAAUCUAAAGUAACGAUCUCCGUAGAGUGAUUGUCUCGACUGAACGGUACCGUUCACACACCGCGGACACAACAAGAAACAAGAAGAAAGUCACAUACAGGCUCACCGGUCGAGGCUCAAGGUUCAACAGACAGACGGGGAGAACAUGACUCGCAGACCUGUGCCAGAUCUUUGCAUGGGGCCCACUGUGCCAGCCUCACCCCUACCAGGCCCUCUGAUACCCCGGUGAAACAUGACCGAGAGGCUGUGAGGCUAGGAUAGCCACCCUGUCCCCCCCGUCCCGACAAUACUCUCAACAGUUCCCCCUAACCCCUAAACUCCCCAUCCUGUCCCACCAUGCUGCGUUUCCUGCCUCUGAAGCUGGGUCGCCUCUACCGUUGUCUGAAGCUUCUGCUGGUGGUGGGUCUGUUUGUUAUCCUCCUGAUGAACACCCACAACCUGUUCGCCUCCUUCCAGAAGAACGAGCUGACGGACCGCCGCUUCAUCAACCUCAACAAGUGCCCCGCCUGCUUCGGCACCAGCUGGUGCAGGAAGUUCAUGAACGGCCAGGUGUCUUUCGAGACCUGGGGACGCCUGCGCUUCCUGGAUGUCUUCAACGUCAAGAACGUGUACUUCGCCCAGUAUGGAGAGCCGCGCGAGGGGACGAGGCGCGUGGUGCUCAAACGCCUGGGGUCCAAUCAGGAGCUGGCGGACAUCGACCAGAAGAUCUGUAAGAGAGCUACUGGCCGUCCGCGCUGCGACCUCAUCCAGGCCAUAUACAAGACUGAGUUCGCCAGGCUGAACGGGGACGUGAGGCUGCUGACCCCUGAGGUGGUAGAGGGCUGGUCUGACCUGGUGCACUGCCCCUCCCAGAGGCUGCUGGACAGGGUGGUGCGACGUUAUGCCGAAACCAAAGACUCUGGCAGCUUCCUGCUGAAGAACCUGAAGGACACCGAGAGGAUGCAGUUACUGAUGACCCUGGCCUUCAACCCUGAGCCCCUCCUACUACAGAGUUUCCCGUCAGACGAGGGCUGGCCGUUCGCCAAGUACCUGGGAGCGUGUGGUCGCGUGGUGGCGGUGAACUACGUCGGCGAGGAGCUGUGGUCUUUCUACAACGCUCCGUGGGACAAGAGGGUCGACCUGGCCCGACAGCUGAUGGACAUCGCUGAGCAGCUCACCAACAAUGACUUUGACUUCGCCCUCUACCUGCUGGACGUGAGCUUUGAUAACUUCGCCGUGGGGCCGCGGGACGGAAAGGUCAUCGUGGUGGACGGGGAGAACGUCCUGGUGGCCGACAAGAGACUUAUCAAACAGAAUAAACCAGAGAACUAUGACGUGUGGUACGAGAGUCGCUUCGAGGACUGUGACAAGGAAGCCUGCCUGUCCUUCUCCAAGGAGUCUCUGUGUAACCGCGUCACCGUGGACCACAACUACUACGCUGUGUGUCAGAACCUGCUGUCUCGUUACGCCACGUGGCGAGGGACCACCGGCGGCCUGCUCCACGACCCCCCAGCCCACAUAGCCAAAGACGGCCAGCUGGAAGCGCUGUUGGACGAGUGCACCAACCCUAAAAAACGCUACGGACGCUUCUCGGCCGCCAAGGAGCUGAGAGACUACCUCACCCAGCUAGUGGCCUCCGCCUCGGCGAGGUAAUGACCAGAGCUGGCGGUUAGCGGUGGCCUACAUCUCAGCCGCACGGUGGUUCGGGUUAGGUGAGGGUUUGAUCUCCCCCUCUGACCUUAUCCCCGGGAACUUGACCAUGACCUUUGAACCUUGACACUCCUCCUCGUCUCCAAGUCCAGGAGAUCGCCACCCCGCUGGUCACACGGCAGCAGCUUUGAUCGGUCCUCUCGUCUCCUGGUGUCAACCAACCAGUGCAGCUUCAGAGGAAACUGAACUGACUGUGGUAGCUGGUUGGAGCUGAAGGACCAGGAGGAAGAGGAUCAGCCAAUGAGGAGAGCUUUAACCCGUGGUUAGGCUAACAUAGACUGUACAUGACUUCUCUCCUCCGCCCAGACCCUCUCUGUUUAUCCAUCAGGACUCUUGUGUUUGCUAUCAUUUUAUCUUAACCAUUCUUUCUUUCUGAAAACGUCCCUGUUGUCCUUUUUUGGUUUGGGGUGGAACGAAUCAGAACAGGAGCAUGUUGACAUUUAGUCUGUGGUGUGUAUGUUCUGUUCAGGAGGAUGGUCACUAACUCAACUCUCAACUCACGUGGAGACCUGAGCACAGCACCGCAGGUUAACAGAGGAAGACAAAGCCUUGGCUAUAAAAGUCUUUACUUCCUGCUAGUCUAAUUGAUCACUUGAAAACCAGUUCACCUGAAGUCGGGCAAUCAACGUUUUUAUAUAGGGAGGGAGGGACAGGAUAGUGAUGCCAAUGAGGACUGUGGUGGUGCAGAAUCUGAUAUUAGAUGUUGUGUGUGUUUACCAAAGAGGCUAUAUGAAACACUGAACUACCCCCCCCAGUACCAUGACACAACGCUGUUCUGGUCCUGUAUGACUGCCCAGAGGAACCUUCCCUCCAUCUGUCUGGCAACACAAUCUGCAUAGGAACGAAUCCAACUUAAGCCCAGGGUCAGAGUUAACCAGGCUCCCUUCUCUAUGUUAAAUCAGAGCUAAGCCCAGGGUCAGGGUUAACCAGGCUCCCUUCUCUGUGUUAAUUCAGAGCUAAGCCCAGGGUCAGGGUUAACCAGGCUCCCUUCUCUGUGUUGAAUCAGAACUAAGCCCAGGGUCAGGGUUAACCAGGCUCCCUUCUCUGUGUUAAAUCAGAGCUAAGCCCAGGGUCAGAGUUAACCAGGCUCCCUUCUCUGUGUUGAAUCAGAGCUAAGCCCAGGGUCAGUGUUAACCAGGCUCCCUUCUCUGUGUUAAAUCAGAACCAAGCUCCCUUCUCUGUGUUAAAUCAGAGCUAAGCCCAGGGUCAGAGUUAACCAGGCUCCCUUCUCUGUGUUAAAUCAGAACCAAGCUCCCUUCUCUGUGUUAAAUCAGAGCUAAGCCCAGGGUCAGUGUUAACCAGGCUCCCUUCUCUGUGUUAAAUCAGAGCUAAACCCAGGGUCAGAGUUAACCAGGCUCCCUUCUCUGUGUUAAAUCAGAACCAGGCUCCCUUCUCUGUGUUAAAUCAGAACUAAGCCCAGGGUCAGAGUUAACCAGGCUCCCUACUCUGUGUUAAAUCAGAACCAAGCUCCCUUCUCACAAAGCUCCCUUCUCACCAAGCUCCCUUCUCUGUGUUGAAUCAGUGAUUACUUCAAGAGAUAGUUAAAGGAAGGGUGGAUGCAUUUCCAAACAGACCCUAAGAAUUGGGCCACAGUGUGAAUGUUGCAUUGCCAUUGCAGUGGACUGCAGUACCCACAGAGUCUGUAAUUGAUAACUGACUCCAUGUCUGACUGUUUGAAAAAGGAAAUGUUGAUCCUUUCUUGUUCUGUGCGUUUUAUCUACUUCCUCAACAACCCAGAUUUGGCUCCUCACAUGUCGUAAUUUCACAGAGUUUUGUGUUCAUUAUUAAACGUUGCCUCCUCACUGCUCAGCUUCACUUUGAGCCAUCCAGCUUUAAAUGGCGUGUAAUGUUUUAUCUCCAACAAAUUAGCACAUUUGGGUUGAUUUUGCACUUGGUGGACCAAUAAAUUAAAGCCCAAGUAAUCAUCA